AUGGUGGACGGCCAUGGGCAGGCGCGCCUCCGGGUUGCACGCCAUUCCUUGCUUCUGAUUCUGGCUUUGUUCUUGCUGGCCAAGACAAGCGUGGCAUACACGAUUCGCCCUCUACUCGAAUGUGUCGAGCCCGAUCCCGGCGAUAGCUCUUGCGAUCACAACUGCUGUACCCCGGGUGGCGUCGAUCGUGGGGGACACUGCGUGGUCACCAAUGUCGGCUACGCUUGCAGUUGCGAGGCUGGCAAGGUGCUUGCGGCUGAGAGCCGUCAAUGCGUUUGUCCCAACUCGUGCCCCACAGGCUCGAUUCAAGACGUGAGCUGUGCUUGUAUUUGCCCGCAAGGCGACACCUGCGUGGCCGAUUUGAACCGCGACCGCUCCAAGUGCCUGCGCGUCUUUGACACGGACGACCGCAUGGAGCAAGUGACCGCGAAUUUCACCGACAUGUUUCCAUCCGAUUGCACGAGCUGCCGCUGCCAGGAGGUGGCCUGUAAUACAGCGGUGACUCAUGCACAACCUGAUGCUUAUGGUCAAUGUUCCUGUCCGGCUUGGCGCGUCUGUGACAGCGAAAACUGCCUGAAUUCUCUCUUGAGCCACGAGCGUUUUCGCGACUAUUUCUUUCCUGGCUGCACCGACUGCGAAUGCAAAUCACUCGAGCAUUCGUGCUCUCCCAGUGACUCUCCCUCUGCGAUGCAAGUGGGCCAGACCUGGGUCGGCAGUCUUGAUUGCAUUGGCGAGACCGCCGUUCUGCAAAUCACCAACUCUCAGGGCCCGUCUUGGAAUGUCAGCGCUACCCUUACCACCACGUAUGUGGGCGUGCUUGGAAACCCAUGUGCCACAUUUAUUGUGGAUGGCUUUGAGGAGGGCUCGCAUUUUAUUGUACACACGGGUCCUUCCAGCUAUUUGCCAAUCAACCUGUUUGGUGAAGUCAGCUUUAGCUCUGUCGAGGAUACCUUUGUUUUUUCUGGCGAGGCGGUCGGGUGCUCGGACGACACAUUCUCUCUUCUCUUAGCAGAACCUUGUUUGGAGACGGAAUACCGCCAUUUGAGCGGUGUUUGCCGAACGCUGCGUGUGUGCACGCCAGGGCAAUACGCUCUGCAGCCCGCCACAUCCUCCUCCAACCGCGUGUGCAUGUCCUGUCCUUCAAACACCUACACGGAUGAAGCCAACCUGGCGAUGUGUGUUCCACAGGCAAGCGUGCGACCAGCGCCAAGCUCACACACGCAAAAACAACCAAACUUGCAUGCACCGUCAACAAUCGGCGUGCGCAGAUGCACGGCGUGCGAUGGCGUCGCCGAAUAUCAAAAUCAACCCCAGCAGACAGCGUGUAAACCAACGCACAACUGCUCGUACGGGGUGGCUGAAUUUCUGCCGCCCACACCGACCACGGAUCGCAUCUGUACCAACUGCGAUGGCAUUGAUACCUAUUAUGAGGACUACGGCUUGCCCCACUGCGUCAACACCACGACCUGCCUGCCAGGUUCUUUUGAAAAUGUCGCCCCAACCAUUAGCACAGAUCGUCAGUGCUUGGCAUGUGAUGUCGGAUCCUUCAGCAGCAAAUUCAACGCGAAGAGUUGCUUGCCCUGGACAACAUGUGUUGCGGGCAGUGCCAUUGCUUCCAACGGCUCGUCAAGCACGGACCGGCUAUGUGUGCCGUGCGAAGCUGGUACCUAUCAGAAUGCCACCAACCAGCCAACAUGCCUUCCCACAACGCCAUGCAGGCCCGGUACAGAGACCGUUCGGCCCGCUGCAGCCAGCCACGACGAGCUCUGCCGUCCGUGCCAACUGGGUGAAGCCUUCAGCAACGCCACUGGCUACAACAUCGCGUGCCAACUCGUGAGCCCGACUUGCCCGCCCGGUACGUCCAUGACCCAUGAGCCCACUCUGUUUAGUGAUCGCGAGUGCACGACAUGCCUGCCCGGUACCUUCAGCCCUACUGCCGGCUUGGAGCCCUGUCGUCAGCUGUCUUCCUGUGCCGCAGGUCAAUUCAUACUCAGCAACGGGACCAGCACAACAGAUCGCACGUGUGCCAGUUGUGCCGCAGGACACUUUUCUAGUGAACUCAACUCGCUCGCCUGUCAGCCGUGGCAAUCAUGCACACCUGAGCAAUUCCAGCUCGUUCCCGGUACCGCAUUGUCCGACGUCGUGUGCCGCUCCAUCUCGACCUGUGCUGCGGAUCAAUUUGAGCAAGCCGCAGCUUCGCCCACUACGGACCGCCUCUGUGCCAAUUGCACCAUUUGCUCCAGCCAUUCUCAUUACCAAGUGGCUGCAUGCACGGCCACCAGCGAUGCCGAGUGCUAUGGCUGUACUCCAUGCCCGACGGGCUCAUACUUCACGGAGCCGUGUGGCGCCAAUGUCCUAGAACCAGUCUGCGCGCCCUGCACCGUGUGCGAGGGUCACCAGUUUACCUCCACCACGUGUUCCUCGGCCCAUGACCGACAAUGUCGGGACGUGACGCCCUGCACAGCCAAGCAAUUUAUGCUUGCUCCUGCUACGACAUACAGCGACAAUGUGUGCGCCAACCACACCAUCUGCACCCCAUUGGAAUUUGAGCAGGCGGCACCCACAGCCUCAACAGACCGGGCCUGCACACCAGUCAGCGCCCCCUGCCCAUCGGGAUUUUUUGAACAAACCCCGGCGACGGCUACUAGCGAUCGCGUGUGCAUUGCGUGCGGCCCAGGGACAGUGGAUGCAGACGCCAACGCCACGACCCCUGCGACCAUGAACGCGCCCAACUGUAUGGCACAUGUGUUGUGUGACGCCGGCGAGUACGCAUUGACUCAGCCGACAAGCUCUAGCGAUGCCUACUGCCUGCUCUGCCCCAUCUAUGAGUUUGCCGACGAGCCGUCGUUGGAUUCCUCCUGCACGCGUGCCACCAUCUGUGAGCCAGGUUACGAGGUCGCCGCAUGGCCCACACGGACUAGUGAUACCGUGUGCGAGGCAUGCGUUCAGGGCGCCUCAUAUACGGACACGCACAACAGCGAAAACUGCCUGCCGCUGACUGAUUGCCCAGCAGGCACAAUGCAGAGUGGGGCACUGAAGACCACAGCCAAUCGCAAUUGCGUGAGCUGCCAAGUGGGCGUUACGUUCAAGGACAAGGCCGGUGCCGGCAUUUGCAUGCCGAUCUCAAACUGCCCCGUGGGUCAGCACGAGACAGCCGCUGCCACGUCCUCAACCGAUCGUCAAUGCCAGCCAUGCCCGACUGGUAGUUUCAAACCAGAGGUAGGCCAGGGGCAGUGCCAACUAGCCAAGGCCAGCUGCGAGCCCGAUGAAUAUUCAGCUUCACCCCCAACCAUCUCAACCUUGAAAAUGCACGUUGGACCCUGGCUGACCAUUCUACGCAUUGUAUUUGACCUGAUGCAUAGGGAUCGACAAUGCCUGACGCUUACCGUGUGUGCAGCCGGCGAAUGGCAAAGCACUGCGCCAGCAGCUGACCGAGACCGAGUGUGCCUGCCUUGCCAGACCACCUGCCCCUUCAACCACCGCUAUCUAGGCCCGUGUGGCGCAUACCACGACUUGCAGUGUGAUGGGUGUCGCGUUUGUGCGCCUGGAUCCUUUGCGCAGCAGGAGUGCGAUGACCACCACAAUACCACUUGUGCACAAUGUCUCGAUUGCCAGGCAGCUGACGAAUACGAGACGGUGCCCUGCACUCUGUCCACAAACCGACAGUGUGCCAAUCUUUCCGUGUGUGCAGACCACGAGUACGCGUGGCAGGAGGAAACGGCGACCACAGAUCGCAUCUGCCGCAACAUGACCCAGUGUACAGCUGAACAGUUCGAGUUGAUGGCACCGCUUCCCGACCAAGGCAUUGACCGCAUCUGCGCUGUGGUGCGCUCUCCGUGCGAUGCUUCAGAAUAUGAGGACCGGGCGCCAACGGCUACAUCUGAUCGCAGCUGCACGAUCUGUCCAGCCGGGACGGUGGGUCAAAAUGGCAUCAACUGUACCGAGUGUGGCCCGGGAUUGUACGUGCCAGCCGGUUCAACGGGACGAUGCGAGUACUAUCGUUGUCCCGUGGGUACCAAGGACCACGACGCAAGCGCUGCCACGCCCUGUGUUCCCUGCGCCAACGGAACAGAGUACCAGAAUCUCUUUGGCCAAACGGCCUGUGAACAAGCCACACAGUGUGGGGCGGGUUACCAGGCGCGUGCCAAUUCGUAUUCGUUUGCUUCGGAUCGCCAGUGCGAGCGGUGCCCCGCAGGGACUUUCCGCACAGGAACCGAGACCAACUUGGAUGCGCCGUGCAGGUCCUUUUCUCUGUGUGGGCUGGGUGAAGGUCUCUAUCUACCAGGGUCCUCCGUUCGUGAUUCCGACUGUCGAUCCUGCUUCCCCAGCCACUACAGCCCAAACAUCAGUCUAGCACCGUGCAUCAAGAUCACAGACUGCCGACCGGGCUUUUACGACGUCAAGCCUGCGACGCCUACCAGCGAUGCCGAGUGCACGGCCUGUUUAGAGGGCACCUUCAAGUCGACGGCUGGAGCGGGCGUGUGCAAGGCGGUGCAGCAGUGUACAAGCCAGCAGUAUGUUCUGGCCGACAGCACCAUCAGUUCAGAUCGGGAUUGCCAAACCUUUAAAACGUGCGGCGGCGACGAAUAUGAGGCGGCGGCGCCCACGCGCAGCAGUGAUCGCGUGUGUCGGUCGAGCACGGAGCUUCAUGUUACGCGGCUUUACGUGGCGCUGCCGUUUGAAGCCUUCUCAGCACCAGCAGCCCAGGAUGCGCUAGCGAGCCACGUGUCCAUGGCCGCUCGUGGGGAGCCUUGCCGCGUCGGCGGGUAUCUACACGUGGACGUGGCGCAGACCAUCAUUGGUGAGUCACCCGAGCUCCUGCUGACGCUCAGAUCGACGGACGCACCAGGGAUGCGCUGCGUGGAGCAGCGUCUUGAGGCGGAGGAGUUUGUGGUGGAGACUAGCCUGAGUGACAACACAACGGUGGCGGUUCUGGCCCAAUCGUAUAGUGAGGGUGCUGCAGAGGAGACGGCUUGGCUGGCCUUUUUAAGCGAGCUCCGACAGGGACACACGGUGGCGGCCGCGACGGCUUCAGCGGCCAAGGCAUACUUUGGGGCUGGAGGACUACGCAACUGGUCGGCCGUCUGGGUGGCGCCUACCGUAACAUACUCGAGCACGGGUUCGGCGUUGACACCUUUGUUGCUUGUGAUUCUGCUGUGUCUGGUCGUGGGUGGGACAAGUGCCCUUCUCAUGUGGAGGGCGCAUCGCUCUGCGCGCACAUUUGAGCGUGACCACGCCGAGCUGCUUGCCAACUGCCAAUCAGAUGCCGAAGCUGAUGUGGAUGCCAAUGAACAGCGCUACAAUAAUCCUCUGUUCACUCGCCUGACUCACGCCUCUGAGGGCGCUGACAUGCAGCUUGCCCCGGGGCGAUUGUCCGAGGGUAACCUGUCACACCGCUCAGGGCGUUCAUUGCAUCGUGGCUCGGGUAACUAUCAGCCGCCACAACCCGCCCCAGCCUGGGAAGAACCGUCGGCUCCGGAUGCGUAA